AUGACUGCUCAGAUUCCGUAUCAACAUAGCUCGGGAUACAUCUCUCAUUUUCACAAUAAUGAGCUUGAUGCAGGCAGGGGAAGGGAUUAUAAUGUAACCAUUAAGUAUCUAGAUGAUAAAGAAGAAAAUAUAGAAGGCCAAGCAGCAAAGAUUAGUCACAAUGCGAGUCUGCAUAUUCCCGUUUUAUUGUGCUUGGUAAUCUCGCUUGGUGGCUUUAUUUUUGGAUGGGACAUUGGAACCAUCGGUGGAAUGACAAAUAUGGUUAGCUUUCAAGAAAAAUUUGGCACAACUAAUAUUAUCCAUGACGAUGAAACAAUUUUUGUAUCUACUAAGAAACUUACUGAUCUGCAAAUAGGCCUAAUUAUCAGUAUUUUUAACAUCAGUUGUGGCGUAGGGGCUUUAACUCUGUCAAAAAUCGGUGAUUGGAUUGGUAGGAAAGGUGGUAUAUGGUUUGCCUUAGUAGUGUACUGCAUCGGUAUAACCAUUCAAAUUCUCUCCUAUGGAAGGUGGUAUUUUUUGACAUUGGGAAGAGCCGUAACGGGAAUCGGUGUGGGAGUAACCACUGUCUUGGUGCCAAUGUUUCUCUCCGAGAAUUCUCCACUAAAAAUCAGAGGCUCCAUGGUAUCUACGUAUCAAUUGAUUGUAACAUUUGGCAUACUAAUGGGAAACAUUUUAAAUUUCAUAUGCGAAAGAUGUUAUAAAGAUCCUACACAAAAUAUAGCCUGGCAAUUGCCAUUGUUCUUGGGAUACAUUUGGGCAAUUAUAAUUGGAAUGUCACUUGUUUACGUUCCUGAAUCUCCACAGUACUUGGCAAAAAUCAAAAAUGAUGUGCCCUCUGCUAAAUACUCUUUUGCGAGGAUGAAUGGCAUCCCUGCGACGGAUAGCAUGGUAAUUGAAUUCAUCGAUGAUUUGCUGGAAAAUAACUAUAAUAAUGAGGAAACUAACAACGAAUCAAAAAAGCAAAGCUUAGUUAAAAGAAACACAUUUGAAUUUAUUAUGGGAAAGCCAAAGUUAUGGUUGAGACUGAUUAUUGGUAUGAUGAUAAUGGCAUUUCAACAGCUGUCCGGAAUAAAUUAUUUCUUUUAUUACGGAACGUCUGUUUUCAAAGGUGUCGGGAUUAAGGAUCCUUAUAUUACUUCAAUCAUACUGUCAAGUGUUAACUUCCUUUCUACGAUAUUAGGCAUAUAUUACGUGGAGAAAUGGGGCCACAAGACAUGUUUAUUAUAUGGUUCAACAAAUUUAUUAUUUUAUAUGAUGACAUAUGCUACUGUGGGGACAUUUGGAAGAGAAACGGACUUCUCAAAUAUUGUUUUAAUUAUCGUGACUUGUUGUUUUAUUUUUUGGUUUGCAAUAACAUUGGGCCCAGUUACAUUUGUACUAGUGUCCGAAUUGUUCCCUCUAAGAACGAGGGCCAUAUCAAUGGCUAUUUGCACAUUUAUCAAUUGGAUGUUCAAUUUCUUAAUAUCACUUUUAACACCAAUGAUUGUAUCCAAAAUUGAUUUCAAACUAGGAUACAUAUUUGCUGCUUGCCUAUUAGCGUUGAUAAUAUUCAGUUGGAUACUAGUUCCUGAAACGAGGAAAAAGAAUGAGCAAGAGAUCAAUAAAAUAUUUGAACCGGAGUAG